AUGGCGGCGACUGCUGGACCAAGUACUUCCAGCUUGUCGGCGACGCAGCUCAGUGAUAUAAUUGAAUGCCCAAUCUGCUACACGGUAUACAACAAGCCGCUUCAGAUGAGUUGUGGACAUACACUUUGUGCAAACUGUAUUGAAAAAUUGGUGGAAGUUGCAAGACUUCAACCUGCCGGCGCCGCAGCUGAUCGAGCUGCAUUAGCUGCUGCCGCCGCUGCAGUGGGCGGAAUGAUUAACGGGAAUCAAGGAAAUCAGCAGCGCAACAUGGGAGGACUCGUUCCGAUGGAUGUGGUGAUGGACUUUGAGCAUAUGCUCGGCCAAGCUGGAGGUCCGAUUCGCGGAAUGAUGCCGUUUCCAGCGCGCGGUGCUGCUGGACAAAUGCUGUUCGGUUUCCGUCGAAACCGUCAGCAAGCCGCUGCCAAUCAAAAUGGUGGCAUUGAGAUUAAAUGUCCAGAGUGCCGCAAACCAACAAUUGUUCCACCAGAUGGCCUUCCUGUCAACUAUCGCGUUCAAGAUAUUGUUGCUAAAAUGGCCAACAGUGCAAAUGCCAAAAAUGAGCCACAGUUGAAACCUCGCUGCAAAACGUGUGACGAAGUGCUUUCGCAAGGAGUCUAUUUUGACUGCAACGAGUGCGGCGAGAAUGGAGCGAAGUUAUGCUCGACGUGUGCGAUAAGAUCGCAUAAUGGCCACGCGAUAGUGGAACGACGUGCGAUAACAGAUAGCGAUAUUAAGGCGAUGAAAGAUAAGAUUAAUGUUCAUGCUGGAUUGGCUUUCCAGGCUCUCGAUGAGCUCCAACCGAAAGUCACCAAUUGUACUAACAUUAUAAAUGAGAAAAUAGUGAAGGUUUUGCAAGAUGCUCUUGGCUUUUUUGAGAAAAUGUCAUCGUCUAUUGACCAGAAUAUAGACCCAUCGUCGACGAUUGAUGAACUCACUUCAGAGAUUAACAAAGCCGCAAGAAUGGCGGAGAUUUAUCGCGAAGCUGUGAAUCACGCUGAUGAGUUGAUUGUCAAGCGUAUAACAGAAGCUGUUACAGAAUUCAUUACCCCAAUUAAGAGCUUAUUUUUGGAACUUGGUGUGCCACCACAACCUGAGACGGCCGAAGGUCAACAAAAUGACGCACGAAUUGCUGAAAACGCGCAACAGGCACCUGCCGAGCGCGUUGAAGGCCAACAGGAGGGAUUUGUGCCGGAGGCACCGCAAGACGUUGAAAAUGCACCUCAAAACGAUCAACAACCCGCGCAGCCAAUGGAUGUUGAAGAAGCGCCGAAUGAGCCACCAGAGGCGGUUAAUAAUGUCCGACCACCUCAAGCAGUUGUGAAUGAAGAAAAUCUUGCAAGGUUGCCUAACAAUGAUGUAAUUAACUACAUGCUGAUGCGCGAACGUCACCGCGAUAGACUGCGCAAUCAAAAUCAGAACCAGAAUCAGCCCGCUGCUGCUAGACAGCCGGUUGCUGUACAGCAACAGGCGCCGAUGGCUCAGCAACCGUUGGUUCCGCAGCCAGCGGCUCCACAGCAGCAAGCUGGAAUGUAUAAUAAUGCCCCGAACGGACACUAUCCGAGAGCGUUCCGCCAUAUUCCACUUCCUCAUAUGCAUAUGAAUCAGAAUUACAACAACCAGGGACCAGCGCAGCAACGUCAAUUGCAACAACAGAUGCAACAGCAAAUGCCACCAGGACAAGGUUUUAUUCUCGGAAUACCUAAUGCGAUGAUGGGAAUGGGCGGCGAUCGGGUUGAUCGUGGACGAAAUGGUGUACAGGCCAACUAUCGGGAUAUGAUAAACCUCAACUACAUGCCGAAUCAGCAAGGCGAAAUUGUGUUUGAGAUGCGAAUGCGACCGUUCCCGCAGAACGCCAAUCAUGGAAUUCCGCCGCAACCAAUGCUUCCGCCGAUUCAUGGUCCGAUUCCACAUGGUUACGCACCGAUGAUGGCACCACCAAAUCGUCGUGCCCUUCCGCCCGGCAAUGAUGCCAAUCGUCGACGGCGUGAUGAUAAUCCACCGAAUAAUAUUAAUCCUAUGGAUGACCAUAAUGCCCCACAACCGCCACCGGAACCACGUCGAGAGCAUAUCGAGAUGAUUCAAGCGAAUAUUCAACAAGAGUUGCAAAAUUUUGACGAGCGCCUUCGAAUGCUUCAUGAGCAAGGACUUGCACAAGAAGCAGCCGCUGCUGCCGCCGCCGCCGCUGCCGCCGCAGCGGCUAGACCUGUUCCAGAUUUCCCAGUGAAUCCUGCUAAUAUUGAUGCUGUUGUUCAUGUCGACGUUGUCGAGCAACAACAGCAGCAACCGGAACAGCAGCCACAACCGGAGGUACAGCAGCCAGAACAAUUGCAGCCUCCGCACGAGUUGGAUCCUGUGGAGGAGAUGGAGGUCCCAGAGCAGGAGCAACAACAACUACCCCAGCAAGAAGGGCACCCACCACCUGAUCAACAGCCCGAUGAUAUCCAAGAACCAGUUGAAGAUCAAGUUGAAGAGCAACCGCCAGUUGAAAGUAACGACGAUGUUGCUGAUGAAUCACAAGAAGCAGAAGAGGCCGAGCAAUCGAAUUCGCGUCGUCAGCGUCGUAUGAGAAUUGCCGCUGCCAAUGAGGUCGAUGAUAGUGCCUCGUCACCGCGUCGUGGCAAGCGUGUCGAUCCUGUUGAGCGCACUAAGAGACUCAUGGAGACAAUUAGCAUAACUCCGGGAAGACGUGGAGCUACAACAACUGUUCAAAAUGAAGGACCAUCGGGAUCUCAAGCAAGAAACGAGGGCCCAGCGGUGAAGAAGGUCAAGAAGGAAGUUGACUCGUCAGUGGAAGAAGAAUGGAGCGACGAAUCGGUUCCAUCGCCCCCGAUGAAGAGAUUGAGACGCCGCAAGCAGUUGAAUACGCGUGCUUCUUCGAAUGCAAUUGAGAGUGAGAGUUCUGAAGGAAUUUCGCCAACGGCCGAAUCACUGGAUGUGCGAACUAGACGAGGCCGUCCAACUCGCAACGCUGCAGCGGGAAACAAUGAUGUCAUUCCAUAA